UCCAAAGAUCGAUUUACCGACAUUUUCCGGAGACUACUUGGAGUGGAUUCCAUUCCGCGACAUGUUUCUGUCGCUCGUACACAACAACGUUACCCUUACACAGGUACAGAAAUAUUUUUACCUAAAAGGUUCCUGCACUGGAACUCCCAAAGAAAUGGUAGAGGAGUACCCAGCUACAAAUGCUAGUUACGAACCAGCCUGGUCCGCACUAGUGAAUCGAUACCACAACAAUCGCAAACUCGUCGACCAAAUUCUAAGAAAAUUAUUUAAUGUACAAACCACGGACGGACGUCUGCAUAGCAUACAACAAUUGUUAGAUAUUACGCGUAAUUUCCUUGCUCUUUUAAGAACAUUGGAAGUUGACACUUCUAACUGGGACCCCAUCAUUAUGUUUUUGCUAACUCAAAAAAUUGAUAAGCAAACGAGAAAGGAAUGGGAGCAAUCUCUUAAUGGAAGUAAUGAAAUUCCGUUAGUCAAAUCUUUUCUGAAAUUCCUAGAUUCUACGUACAAAGCAUUGGAAUUUGUCGAAGGAGACAUUCCUUCAGCGAAGCAGCAUAAAAGUAUUACAACACCAAACAAGGAAUUCCGUCGAAAAUCUCACACAAACAUUCAUACAGCAACAACUACUAACAUAUCAGAUACCAAAUGUCUCUGCUGCCAUCGAAAUCACCUUCUAUACAAAUGUUUUAAAUUCUCUGCAUUCUCCGCAGCUGACAGAAAAGAGUUUGUCAAGCAAAACAAAUUGUGCAUUAACUGCUUAGGUAAGGGUCACACCUGCAGUAAUUGUACAACAACAUCACGUUGCAAAGUUUGCGGAGAGUCGCAUCAUACUCUUCUUCAUAACGAUUUCUUUAUUGGAAACUCAAUUACGAAUAAGAACAAUCCAGCUACCGUCUCACCUAAUUCUCUUAGUAAUAUCGGAGCUGUAUCCGCAUCGAUAGCUAAACUGCACUCUCUAUUUACUCAUGUGAGCACAAAGGUACUCCUAGCUACCGUUCGCAUAAUAGUGGAAACACCCGGUAGGAAAUUUUAUUUCAAGGCUCUUGUCGAUCAAGGAGCACAAACUUCUUUUAUAUCUGAAGAUGCAGCCCAAUUGCUAAGAUUGAAGACACGUAACAUAAAUGCAAAUGUAUCGGGCAUCGGAGGGUCACAAUCUUUUAUUGCAAGAAAAGCUGUCAAACUUAACUUGCGUUCACAUUAUAACUACCUGUUUGACCUUGAAUGCCACUUUCUUUUAUUACCAAAGGUUACAACUUAUACUCCGGCAGCAAUAGAAGCAAGUUAUCUGAAAAAAUUACCCAGCGUCUUUCUCGCCGAUCCCAACUUCAGUUCACCAGAUAAAAUUGAUUUUAUUUUUGGUGCUGAUUUAUACUGCGACAUUUUGCUUUCUGGAAUGACCAAGUGCGACAAUGGUUUAUUAUUACAGGAAACAAAUUUCGGUUGGAUGAUCUCGGGUCCGAUUAAAUCAAGUCCUAAUGACUGCAGUCUUUCCGUCAAUUUAUUUUCUCUCGAUGACCAGCUACGUUUGUUUUGGGAACAGGAAGACCUGAUAGAAACCCGACCGAUGUCAACUGAGGAAGCCGCAGUUGAGAAACAUUUUUUAGAAACCCACUCGCGCGACGCAGCCGGACGAUAUACCGUACUUUUGCCCUUUAAACGUUUUUUUCUCCAUGCAGAACUAACGUCAUUUAGUCACACGCACUUCAACGCACUUCGAAGACUAAGUCAGCUUGAAAAACGAUUUAAAUUACAACCGGAGUUUGCACUGCUUACAAGAGUUUCAUGGAUGAAUACGUUAAUCUAAGGCAUAUGAAAGAGAUAGGCGAGUAUCCAAAAGACCUUCCAGGUAAUUCAUAUUUUCUCUGUCAUCAUGGCGUCUUAAGAGAAAGCAGCAGCACUACAAAACUAAGAGUAGUAUUUGACGGUGGAAAUCAUCAUCCGGAACAGACUUCGCUCAACGCCCAACUCGCUGCUGGACCUGCACUACAAAAUGACUUACCGUAUAUUCUAUAUCGAUGGAGACGUCACAGAAUAGCAUUUACAGCUGAUCUGGAGAAAAUGUUUCGGCAGAUCAACGUAAGUAAUGAGCACCAACAUUUUCAAUGCAUUCUUUGGAGAGAAGACCCUACUAAAACGAUAAAAAUUUAUAAGCUGUGCACCGUUACUUAUGGUACUACUUCUGCGCGUUAUUUAGCCAUACGUGUGUUGCAUCAGCUCGCAAAUGAUGAGCAGAGCUCCUUUCCCAUUGCAAGCAAAAUUCUCUUAAAUGACAGCUACGUCGAUGAUAUACUUUCUGGUUGCGAUUCAAUUCAAGAGGCGACAGAAUUAAACAAAUAACUUACUCUGCUAUGUAAAAGUGGGGGCUUCAAUUUAAGAAAAUGGAAUUCUAACUCGCUAGAAUUUUUAAAAUUCAUUCCAAUGGAAUACCGCGAUAAGCACGACUCAUUUCAAUUAACUUCUAAGAAUUUCGUUAAGGCGCUAGGGCUGUAUUGGGAAACCAAAGAGGUACAAUUUUGCUUCAAAAUCGACUUCAAUUUUGCUCCCAUGAUAACUAAGAGCAGCCUUCUGUCAGAUGCGGCCAAA